UUGUGGUGACUGAAUUGCUUUCCAGUACCAGGGUAUUUAGUCAAGCAGAUUGUGUUUCUUUACACCCUGCGAUCAUCUCUCUUGACGGCGGUUGGUGACAAGUGGAUUGGGGGACAGCAGCAUCACACAAACAGAGACAUGAGCAUGCAUACAAACCACAUCCUAACAAGGUGGGAUACAGCACUGCCAGGAGCAUGAAUUACUGUGCCGUUGCAUGAAGAAUUGGUAGCACUGGACCAGAUACACCUUUAUCUUCUUUCCACUAAUCAUGGGCAGUGCAGAGGAAAUGCACGGAUGGAGAGUAAAAAUGAGCAUGCCGAGUGUUUUGGCCAUGGUGACGGCCUUUUCUAUGAUUCCUGGCGGGGUGCUGAGCGAUAUGAGAGGUACUCAGGGUCUGGAAGCCCAGCAAUUGGCCCAGGGGUCCACUCAUCUGCACCGUCGCCUGAAGAGAGGCUGGAUCUGGAAACAGCUGUUUGUCCCAGAGGAAGAUCCCACUCCUCGCGUUAUUGGCCAGCUCAAAUCUGACUCUGACCGAGGCGAGUUUUCUAUCAAGUACAUAUUAACAGGAGAAGGUGCCGGAGAUGUGUUUGAGAUAGAUGAGUAUUCUGGUGAGAUCCGGACACUGAAGAAGCUCGACCGUGAGGAAAAGGCCUUCUAUGUCCUUCAAGCCCAGGCUAUCAACAGGAGGACCAAUGAACCAGAGGAACCCCAGUCAGAGUUCAUCAUCAAGGUGCAGGACAUCAAUGACAAUGUCCCCCAGUUCCAGAACGAACCAUAUGUAUCCAGCAUUCCUGAGAUGUGUCCAACUGGGACCACGGUGGCCCAGGUGACAGCCACAGAUGCUGAUGAUCCCAUGUUCGGAAACAACGCCAAGCUCAUCUACUCCAUCCUGCAGGGGGAGCCCUACUUCUCUGUGGAGCCAAAGACGGGGAUUAUUGUAACAUCUUGGCCAAACAUGGACCGCGAGGCCAGAGAGCAGUACCUGGUGGUGGUGCAGGUGAAGGAUAUGCUAGGCCUCAGUGGCGGUUACUCCUCUUCCACAACAGUAACCGUCAGCCUAACUGAUGUCAACGACAAUGGACCAACAUUCCAGCACCACCUGUACGCCUUUGCCAUCCCUGAAAAUGCAGCCGUGGGCACCACAGUGGGCAGGAUUAUGGCAGAGGAUGGAGACAUUGGCACGAAUGCCAGAAUGACCUACAGUCUGGAGGAUGACCUGGAGGGAAGCUCCACUUUUAUCAUCAAAACAGACCCGGUGACGCAGGAAGGAGUGGUUCUGCUAGCCAAGCCUUUGGACUUUGAAACUAAACGACGUUUUGUCAUGGCCGCAGAGGCGGUCAAUGACCACGUGGACACUCGUUUUCUGACUUUGGAGGAGUUCAGUGACAGGACAACGCUCAAGAUUGUUGUGGAGGAUGUGGACGAGCCGCCAGUCUUCCUCUCACCGGUCUACGAGUGGAAAGUUCCUGAGAAUGCAGCUGCGGGAACUGUGGUUGGCAUUGUUAGCGCCAGAGACACUGACACAGUCAACAAUCCCAUCAGAUAUUCAAUUGACAAAAGGAGUGAUACCACAAAAGCUUUCAAAAUAGACCCAAACAAUGGAACUAUAACCGUCGCUAAAGCUUUGGACAGAGAGACUUCAAACUGGCACAACGUGACGGUUGAAGCUAAGGAAGCAACGCAGAACCAUUUAUCCUCCUCUGUGGUGGUGUUCAUCAAAGUGCUGGACAUAAACGACAAUGUGCCAAGGCUUGCAAGAGAUUACCAGCCAUAUAUCUGUGAAGGAACACAGGCGGGAGAACUCAUUCAGCUGCUCAGUGCUGUUGAUCCAGACGACCCUGUGGAAGGACACCACUUCUACUUCUCUAUGGUCCCUGAGAAGCAUAUCAAUCCAAACUUCACUAUCAGAGACAAUCAAGACAAUACAGCCGGCAUCGUUGCACGCAGGAGUACUUUUACCCGCAAGGAUCGAACCCAGUACCUCCUGCCUGUUGUGGUGACAGAUAGCGGCUCUCCAGCUCUCUCCAGCACGAGCACUUUGACCAUCAGUGUAUGCAGCUGCCAGCCUGCCGGUCAUUGUCCCACAGGGGGGGUGAAGGCCCUCGCCCUGUCUAUGGGGGUCAGCCUACAAACCUUGAUAGGGAUUCUGGUCUGCCUGGUCACUCUCACAGCCCUGUCAAUUUUAAUGCUGAUGGUGAGGAGACACAGGCGGAAGCAGCAGGAGGGACUUGAGGUGAAGGAUCUGGAGCUGCCGGAGACGGUGUCACAGAAGGUGCUGUAUUACGGAGAACCGGGGCGUGGAGGAGCAGACCUGGACUUCUGCCCGCCGGUCGUCCCGCUGCGCCCCCACCCCAGGAAGAGGGAGAGGAAGCUGUGGAGGGAGGACGUCAGGGCCAGCAUACGAAUGUCCCUCAGAGAGUCCCACCUCAUUGGGCCAGAGGACGAGGUCUUCAGGCAGUUUAUUCUGGACCGGCUGGCGGAGGCUGAUCGUGAUCCUUAUGUUCCCCCAUUUGACUGCCUAAAAACCUAUGCAUAUGAGGGGUCAGGCUCUCCCACAGGGUCCCUGAGCUCACUGGAGUCUUCUACUAUGGAGCUUGGACCGGAGCAACCUGUUUGUAAUCCUAGACCCUACUUGGUUAGACUUACCCCUUGGUAUGGGGGAGGAGAUGAAGACACCUUCUGAGGGGCUCUUCUUCUUUUUAAAUGUACCCUAUGUCAUGUAUAUCAUACAUCACUUGUAGAAGGGACAGAUAUUAUAUAUAUUUUUUUAUGAAUUUAAUAACUUGUAUUUCUCCUGACAAGCAUCUUCUUGUGGUUGCGCCAAUAAUUACUGCCAUCUCUCAGUAGCCAAGGUGGGAUUAGCAUGCCAUGGGACAACAUGUUAAGUGAACAAGUACUUAAACUUGACUGUUUGCAUCCUUUCUUUUACCAAAAGUCAAUGUUUGUUUCGUUCAACCUUAAUCAUGACCGUUCCAUAACCUUGAAGAUGCGUUAAUUUAUUUUUUGGCCACUUGGCCACAGUGGAAAAAGCUAAAAACACAAUGUAAUUACCUUAUGAAGUUGUUAGGGUGAAUGUGUUGGCGAUUGCCUUUUCACACAUGCAGCAACAGAAGCAUUCAUUUGUGGUGGUGAUGCAAUAUUCACUCUCCUAACACUGUUUUGUUUUCCACCACCGCAUCUGUUGAGUUGUACUGGGCAGGUAGCACACAGUGGGUUUAUUAAAUUUUUCUGAAAACAACUGUCUGAUGCAGCUGGAAAAAGGAGCAUUAAGAGCAGUCUUUGUUGGCUAUAAAACCGAAACAAUUAGGGUAAUUAGGCUAAAGCACUCUUCAAGCUGGGAAUGUAAAGUUGGUGACAAGCAACCCCUUUACAUUGCACAUAGUCAUUUCAUCCAUUGUUACUAUUGAUUCACGCAGCGUUAACCGGGUACUUUAAGCCUUAACUUUUUGACUGGAAUCAAAAAAUGUGGCAGAUCAUAAAUUGUAGGUUUAGGUUUCUGAGUGGAGCAAUGUGAUUUUUGAAUUAAUACAGUCAUUACACUGUAACAGUAUUACACUUACUGUAUAAUACCUACAGUAUUACUGAUGUGAAAUAAAAAAUUCUGAUGCCAUUUGUAA